UGUAGAACUAGCCGCGUUGGUCUGCCGGUGGACGAUACUGCGCUGGUGUAUUUGCUGAAUGUGCCGAUCGUUUGACUCUGCUUGCGUCAGAUGAGGCGGUAGUAAUGCUAAACAUCUUUGGCGUCCAGCAUAGUGGUAUGAAUGCUAUAUGCUUUCCACUUAAGAUUUGAGUUUCGAUUUUUUGUUAGCGUUGUGGGAGGACUUGGCAUCUAACGUCUGGGAUAACGGUUUGUCGGUCGGCAGCGACUGGCUUUGAAUGUCAUAUCCAAUCGCCAGAGGUUAUGUGGACCCACUUCCGAUUGGGGCUGUGAAUCCAUUGGAUUCCGUACCAACCCAACAAGGCGUUCAGGUCGUUCCCAACCCUGAUAACCCGUCCGAGUGUAUUAUGAUCCCCAUCUUUGGCAUGGGGAUGAGGCUGCCGCAUUACGUGCAGCACGACCAGAGCUACCGGGGCCAGGAGGAACGCGACUAUGAGCGGCGCCACGGUCGUCACAGCGAGCGCCGCGAGCACCGGGAGCGGCGCGACCACCGCGAGCGGCGCGAUCGUGACCGCGACCGCGAUGACCUGGACGGAUACGAGUACAGCGAGCGGCGCACGGUGUCGCGGCGGCCGCGCAGCCGCGAGCGCGAGCGCGAGCCGCGCCAAUCGCGCGAACGCUCGCCCGGCUGGGCGGCGACCGAGGAGCGGCCGCCGCGCGUCUGGGACCUGGAGCCGGACCCGCGCGAGGUCGAGCACGAGCGCCAGAUGCAGUUGCACCACGCGGCGGCGGCAGCGGCGGCCGCGCACGCCGUGGCUGUCAGCAACGCCCAGCCCCAGAUCACCUUCCUGCCCAACGCCCUGAUGCCGCAGCCGUUCCUGGCGCCGAUGCUGGCCGGCCCGUCACCGCUGGACACGGCCACGCUGAUCAACAUGAACCUGGCGGCGGCGGCGGCGCUGCAGCACGAGGCGGCCGCGCCUGAGCUGCUCUUCCGCAGCCAGCAGCCCAACAACACAGUCAUGAUCCGCGGCCUGGCGCAGCACGUCACGGAGAACGAUAUUCGUCAGGAGAUCCUCAACUGCAACCUCACGCCCAAGGACAUCCGUCUGAUCCGCAAGAAGGACUCAGGUGCAUCGCGGGGUUUUGCUUUCGUCGAGUUUAGCACUGUGCAGGAAGCGGCUCGCUGGAUGGAGCUCAAACAGGGUCUGCUGGUGGUGCAGGACCAGUACCGCGCCGUCAUGCAGUACAGCCUGCCCAAGGAUGGCCUGGCCGCCCAGAGCCGGCCGCUGCAGGACUGGUUCUGCAUCAAGUGCGGCGCGCACAACUUCAAGCGGCGCGACCAGUGCUACAAGUGCGCCUCGGACCGGGCCGAGUCGGAGCUGGCGGCUGAGGGCAGCGACGAGGUCUCCUCGCACCCGACCAACACGCUGCUGCUGCGCGGCCUCGACGUGCUCAGCACCGAGGAGACGGUGCUGAGUGUGCUGCAGACGUGCACACAACUGCCGAUCCGCAGCGUGCGGCUAGGUCGCGACCCGCUGACGGGCACGUCGCGCGGCAUCUGCUACCUGGAGCUGGCCUCGGUCGUCGACGCCAUGCACCUGAGCAAUCAGCUGCAGGCGGAGCCGCUGGUGGUGGAGGGUCGCACGGCCGUGGUCACCUACUGUCGGCUUGCCGAGCAGGCGGCCAGCGAGCUGCCCGUCGACACCAGCCGCAUGAGCAUCCUCGAACUGGCCGAGUACUCGGCCAAGCUGUACGCCAAGACGCCCGAGGAGUAUGAGACGUACCGCCAGUACUACGAGGACUACUACAAAACGCACGGCACGCAGGCGGCGGCCGGCGAGCAUAGCCAGUCGGACUCGGCCAACGCGGCGGCGGCCGUGGCGCAGACGGCGCUGCAGCGUGUCCAGAAGAAGGUGCCGGGCAGCCGGGAGGCGACGGCCGCACAACAGCCGCAGUCGCCGCCGCAGGCCACCGCCACCGCGGCCGCCGCGGCGGCGCCCACCGCGACAGCGCAGCCCUUCGAUGAGGACGCCACCUACCCACCGCCGGACUCCUCGACCUUCCAGUACGACGAGACGUCCGGCUACUACUACGACCCGUCCACCUCGCUCUACUACGACGCCACCAGCCAGUACUUUUACAAUGCGGCAACGCAGCACUAUCUGUACUGGGACGCGGCACGCUCCAAGUACAGCGCCACACCCGCCGAGGGCGAGCAGGGCCACGACAAGAAGAAGAAAGAGGACAAGCAUGAGAAGGUCAAGGUGGCAAAGAAAAUUGCCAAGGACAUGGAACGGUGGGCCAAGUCGAUGAAGCGGAAGGAGGCGCGCGCUACGGCCUCGCCCAUCAUCCCGGUGGGCGGCAGCGCUCAGGAGCGGGCGUCACGCGCCGCCGACAUCGGCUACGCCAUGUUCGAGAAGCGUGCGGGCGAGAGCGCGCCACCGCCCGGCUCCGUCGGCGCCGACCCGGCCGACGCGGCCGCCGCCUCGAGCCUGGUGGCGGCGUAUGGCGGCGAGAGUGGCGACGAGGACGACGCGACGACCGCUCAGGAGCUGAACCCGGCGCUGGUGGACCUCAACAAACUGGCCUGCCUGCUCUGCAAGCGCGCCUUCGCCAGCCGCGAGCAGCUCAACAAACACCUCGAGAAGUCCGACCUGCACCGCAAGAACCUCGAGGAGUACAUGGGCAGCCAGGGCGGCGGCGGCGGCGGCGGCGGUGGCGGUGGCGGUGGCGGCGGUGGUGGCGCCAUCGCGGGGCUGCAGUACCGUGACCGCGCCGCCGAGCGGCGCAGCAAGUACGGCGAGCCCAACCAGCCACGCCGGCCCAACCCGCCGCCGGCGCCGCCGGCCGCGGCCGCCUCCUCUUCGGCGCCCGCCCGGCCCGUGGGAGGCAUCGGCAACAAGAUGAUGCAGGCCAUGGGCUGGAAGGACGGCCAGGGCCUGGGCAAGAGCAACCAGGGCCGGACCAGCCUGGUGCAGGCGGAGCGGCGCGCCGCCACGGCCGGCCUCGGCAUGGCCGGCAGCUCGUACGGCGCCACGGCUGGCGACACGUACAAGGACUGCGUCAAGAAGACCAUGUUCGCGCGCUACCGCGAGCUCGACGGCGAGGAGCAGUGACGCCCCGCGAGCUGACGCGGCCGCCGCCGACCAGGUGCGCCGUGUGCUGGCGGCGGCGCCUGCGCCUGUGUGCGCACGUGUGUACGUAUGUGUCUGUUGAUUGUGGCUAGCGCCCGUUAGUGACGAUGGCGCGUGGCCCUCUCGCUGGUGGUGUGUUGGUGUGAUGAAAUCGGCGGUACCAAGGCCGCCGGCGGCCUUUUACGUAGCCGAUUUACUUUAUGGUGUUUCGCAUUGCUAUUGUGUAAAUACACAUCAUGUGUCAA